AUGUCGACUCAAGGCUCCGAGUAUGUAGCUACAGGAGCAACCUCUGGUCUAUCCAAUCUCACGCUUCAGGGACCUCCAUCUCUCCCUAUGUGGGCGACAUCCCCUCUCAAUCCAGCGCUGGCCAGCUUCAGCAUCGAAACCGCAUUUUUCGAAGAGUACAUGGGUAACAGCUCUUCUCCGAACACGUUGUCCCAGGCUCUGUUUGAGAACUUGAGCAACAGGACGGGCGUGCCUGCGGAAGUGCGCAUCGGUGGCAUCACAGCGGACUCGGCUUUCUGGGACGGCAAUCUAAAUCAGGCACUGUACAACUUCAUCGACAGCUCAGGAGCAUUGAUCAAUACUACUCUGGGUCCGGCGUUCUGGGAGGUUGUCGAGCUGCUACCUAAUGAGACGAAUAUUGUUUUCACUCUUGGCUUGGAGAGUCUCAACUACACGGGUGCUCUGUACAUGGCCGAGGCAAUGUGGGCUGGUCUGCGUGAUAGCUCAGUCAACAUAUCUAGGUUUGAGAUCGGCAAUGAACCUGAUCAGUAUUCCAUCCACUUGAACGCACAAAACUACACCGAGUACUGGGAGCCCUGGAGCGGGAACAUCUCCAAAGACCUUGGCGUCAACUAUCCGGAGUUCCAAAUAGGUGCAACCGCUAUAGACCCUCUCUGGCCGUACAAUACGUCGGCUGCCGAUGCUCAGUUUGACUGUGUCAGCGCGCUUGCUGCGGGUGCAGACGACGGGCACACUGCAAAGACCUGCAGCGAGCAUACUUACCAGUACAGUGUAUGCGAUCCUACGAGGGCUGCCAUCGCUACGCUACCUAACUUGGUGAAUCACACACGGCUGGCCAUGUAUCUAGAUCUUUGGCAACCCCGUAUUCACUCCGUUCGUGAGCAACUGGGUCCCGACUCGUUUGUCAUUGGCGAGUUCAACUCUGUGUCCUGCUCUGGCCGUGACAACGUCAGCAACACGUUCGGACAAGCCAUGUGGCUGCUCGACACUACGUUGUAUGCCGCGUCGAUCAACGUGUCCCGCGUCUACGUUCACCAAGGAGGACCACUUGCCCUACAGAGCUCAACACAGUUGAACCAUGGCGGCUUGUCCUUAUACAAUCUUUGGUAUCCCAUCGAGAACCAGAACGGGCCAAUUCAAGUCUUCCCCGCGUAUUCUGCAUAUCUCUUCGUGGCUGAAGCCAUUGGCCACUCCACAUCCCUUCAAAUUGCUAACAUCUUCCCCGGCCGACAAGCCAAUGGGUCCUCCAUCACGACCGCAGACGGCGAUCCAUCGGCAGGCCAAGUCGUCGUGUACGGAUUCUGGGACGAGACCUCCUCAUAUGGCCUCAACUACCCUUCGAAGCUGGCACUGCUCAAUAUGCAAAUUUACAACCAAACUGACACUGGCGCGCGUCCGAAUGUGACCUUCGAUAUUUUAGCGUAUCUUCCCGACGCGAACCAGGUGAUCACAGCAAAGAGGCUGACUGCACCUGGUGCGGAUGUCAAAGCUGCCAAUGUCACAACGUGGGCUGGGCAGAACUUUGCGUCUGGGUACGGUGAGGGUCAGUAUGUUGAUGAGACUCUUUCUGGAGGGAAGAUUGACGUGGAAGCGUCGUCGGCUGUCUUGGUGUUUUGGUAG